AGGGGAAAAGAGAGGGAGAGAGAGCCCGGGAGGUCGAAGCGGUGGGUAUGUACUGUAGCUCUGGCAGGGAAGAGCGAAGGUUGUCGGGCCAAAUUCGCAGUGUUUGCUCGCUUCACCCUGAACCAAAACCCCUCCUCCUUCCACACGGAUAGACCCGCAUCUGAAGCGUGUGACGGCGGCUGCGUGAACACAGAGCUAAACUGGAGCUCCACUGCGGUGUGAUAGUUACUCAUGUAACGAGGAUGUCCAAUGGAAAACAGGUGGUCUGUAGAAGCAUUUGGUGGUCUGACACACUGACUGUUUCUAUAAAGAAGAACUGCUGAAACACGGUUACACUUCUGAUGCCUCGGGCCAGUCUGAGCUCAUGGUGUGUGCUCGCGGGGAUAAACUAGUGGCCUGGCCAAAGAGUGCUGUGUUACUACACACCAUAAAGCCCACACAGGAUGUCGUGGGCCAGAGGCCUCUUUGUAGGCAGAGUGGAUGAGCGAAAGACAGCAUGGGGAGAACGCAAUGGCAAGAAGAGGAAGGACAGCUCAUCGCUGUGCAACCCACACUACAUGAGCUGCUUGAGGGACCCCGAGGACCUGGAGCUCCCUAAUGCAACCCCCCAGCAUUACCAUUGUGGGGCAGGCACCAGCGGGGGCAACUUUGGCUUGCGCUGCGGCUGGCAGGAGGACCACUACGGGAAGAGGAUAGGUGGCGGGGAUCUGGGUCUAAAGGCUGUGGCCCUGGGCUUUGAAGAUGGUGACCUCAAGGGCAGAAAAGAGGAGGAAUUAGGGGAAUUAGCAGAGACGGGCUGCAAGGCGAUGAGUGCAGCAGACUGCUGCAUGCGGACAAUGUGGGUUUUCCAAUCUAAGAAAUUUCAAUCUGCCAAGCUGGAGCGUCUGUACCAGCGCUACUUCUUCAGGCUCAACCAGAGCUCUCUGACCAUGCUGAUGGGGGUGCUGGUGCUGGUGUGUGCGGUCAUGCUGACCUUCCACUGCAUCCAAACCACCCCUGACGUGGCUUACGUCUCCAUACUCUCUGUGGCCAUGGCUCUCUUCCUGGCCAUGAUGGUGGUGUGCAACCGCAACGGCUUCCACCAGGACUACAUGUGGAUUGUGAGCUACCUGGUGAUCGGGGUGCUGAUUGUAGUGCAGGUUUUCGGGGUGCUCAUGGUGUACCCCCCCAGUGCUUCAGAGGGCAUCUGGUGGACAGUCUUCUUCAUCUACAUUAUCUACACGCUGCUGCCGGUCAGAAUGAGAGCUGCUGUGGUUAGUGGAGCCGUGCUGUCUACCAUUCACCUGGUGACCGCCUGGCAGCUCAACCAGGAGUACAAGUUCAUUUCCAAACAGAUCAGUGCUAAUGUGCUGAUCUUCCUGUGCACUAACAUGAUUGGGAUCUGUACGCACUACCCUGCUGAGGUCUCCCAGAGACAAGCCUUCCAGGAGACGAGAGGCUAUAUCCAGGCCAGACUGUACCUGCAGAGGGAGAACCAGCAGCAGGAGCGCCUACUGCUGUCUGUGCUGCCAAGGCACGUUGCCAUGGAGAUGAAGGCUGAUAUCAAUGCCAAGAAGGAAGAUAUGAUGUUCCACAAGAUCUACAUCCAAAAACACGACAACGUCAGCAUACUGUUCGCCGACAUCGAGGGCUUCACCAGCCUGGCGUCUCAGUGCACGGCGCAGGAGCUGGUCAUGACGCUGAACGAGCUGUUCGCCCGCUUCGACAAGCUGGCCUCGGAGAACCACUGCCUGCGUAUUAAAAUCUUAGGCGACUGUUACUACUGUGUGUCAGGGCUGCCUGAGCCCCGGGCUGACCACGCCCACUGCUGUGUUGAGAUGGGAGUGGACAUGAUUGAGGCCAUCUCGCUGGUGAGAGAGGUGACGGGCGUUAAUGUGAACAUGCGGGUGGGCAUCCACAGCGGGCGCGUUCACUGUGGGGUGCUGGGCCUGCGCAAGUGGCAGUUUGACGUCUGGUCCAACGACGUCACGCUCGCCAACCAAAUGGAGGCCGGGGGGAAAGCUGGGCGUAUCCACAUCACCAAAGCCACACUACAGUAUCUGAACGAGGACUACGAGGUGGAGCCAGGGUUUGGAGGAGAGAGGAACGCUUAUGUGAAAGAGAACAAUAUUGAAACCUUCUUGGUGCUGGGCUGCAGCCAGAAGAGGAAAGAGGAGAAAGCCCUGAUGGCCAAGAUGCAGCGAGCACGUGCAAAUUCUGUCGAGGGACUGAUGCCACGCUGGGUGCCUGACAGAUCCUUCUCCAGAACCAAGGAGUCCAAAGUCUUCAGGCAGAUGGGCAUUGAUGAAGCAUCAAGCAAAGACAACCGCUGUGCUCAGGAGGCUCUGAACCCCGAGGAUGAGGUGGAUGAGUUUCUUGGACGAGCCAUCGACGCGCGCAGCAUCGACCAGCUGAGGAAAGAUCAUGUCAAGAAGUUCCUACUCACCUUCACGGACAACAAACUUGAGAAAAAGUACUCCAAAAAGGUAGAUGAUCGUUUCGGGGGAUAUGUGGCCUGCACACUUCUCGUUUUUUGUUGCAUCUGUUGCAUUCAGAUCAUCAUUUUCCCAAAAACAACACUUAUGCUUGGUCUUUACAUCAGCAUCUUCAUCAUCCUCGCCAACAUCCUCUUCAUCUGUGCCAUCUACUCCUGCAUCAAACUCUUCCCAGCUGCCUUGCAGACUGUUACCAAGAAAAUAGUCCAGUCUCGUGCAAACAGCACAAUGGUGGGCGUCUUCACCAUCCUCCUCCUCUUCAUUUCCUCCUUUGCUAACAUGUUCACCUGCAGCAGAGACAGACUGCAGGACUGUGUGUCCGACGAGCUGAACACAUCAGUGACUCUCUGCCUGCUGCACAACCUCACCAAGGCAGCAGAGGACGGCCUGACUCUGUGUACCAGCCAGGCCAUGCCCUGCCAUUUCCCAGAGUAUUUCAGCUACAGUGUACUGCUGACCCUGCUGGCCUGCUCUGUGUUCCUCCACAUCAGCAGCAUAGGGAAGCUGGCUCUGAUGCUGCUUAUCCAGCUCACUUUCCUCCUGCUGGUGGAGUGGCCUCAGGUGGCCCUGUUCGAAAAUGCAGACCUGCUGGUCAUCGCCACCCUGCCUGGUUUCAAUGAAACUGCAGAACGGUGCCAGGAGAGCGUGACCAAGGUAUCCUUAAAGGUCAUGACCCCUGUUAUCCUGACGGUGUUUGUUCUGGCUCUCUACCUGCACGGCCAGCAGGUAGAGUCCACUGCACGCCUUGACUUCCUCUGGAAGUUGCAGGCAACACAAGAGAAGGAGGAGAUGGAGGAGCUGCAGGCGUACAACCGGCGCUUGCUGCACAACAUCCUGCCCAAAGAUGUUGCCGCACACUUUCUUGCACGGGAGCGUAGGAAUGACGAGUUGUACUACCAGUCAUGUGAAUGCGUCGCUGUCAUGUUUGCCUCCAUCAGCAACUUUUCUGAGUUUUACGUGGAGCUGGAGGCUAACAACGAGGGAGUGGAGUGUCUCAGGCUGCUCAACGAGAUCAUCGCCGAUUUCGAUGAGAUCAUCAGUGAGGACAAGUUCCGUCAGCUGGAGAAAAUCAAGACAAUCGGUUCCACCUACAUGGCGGCCUCUGGCCUCAAUGACUCCACCUACGACAGGGAGGGCCGCUCACACAUCCUGGCUCUGGCCGAUUACGCCAUGAGGCUUAGGGAGCAGAUGAAAUACAUCAACGAGCACUCCUUCAACAACUUCCAGAUGAAAAUAGGGUUGAACAUGGGACCAGUGGUGGCGGGGGUGAUUGGAGCCAGGAAACCCCAGUAUGAUAUCUGGGGGAACACAGUCAAUGUGGCCAGCCGCAUGGACAGCACAGGAGUUCCAGACUGCAUCCAGGUGACCACAGACUUAUACCACGUGCUGGUCAACAACGGAUACAAACUGGACUGUCGGGGUGUUGUCAAGGUGAAGGGGAAGGGGGAGAUGACCACUUACUUCCUCACCAGCGGUCCCCCGGGGAGUUAACAACAGGCCAGCCGACCGCAGCGUGACUCCCAACGCACGGACACAGACUGCAGAGAGACUGAGAGGUCAGCUCGGCGAUGAGCACCGAGGCGCGAUGCAAAACACUCGGGGGACAGAGGACGGCCAACAGAGGCGAGCUCGGCCUGUCUGUAUGUUGUCGAGAUGCACACAUGUAGGAUGUUGUUCAUGACUGAAGGCUUUUUCCCAAGCUGCUCGAGAGAUCACAAAGCCCAGUUGCCUUAGGUCGGAAGUGGCUAUGCUUGUGUUUAUGAGCAAUAGUACAAGUAUUUCAUCUGGAGUCAUUAUUUAUUUUCGUGUGGACGGAUUUUUGUGAUGACCUUGUACAAAUAAGAAGAUAAAUAUAUAUAUACAAAAAAAACUAUGUUACUUAAAAAUAAUAUGCAAGAACAUGAAAGAUGAACAUGACCAAAGAACAAAUGUUUGAUAUGAAACCCACACUAAUGAUUCUGUUCAAAAGUCAACUGAAGUAAUUUAUUCAUCUUUUGAAAGCAAAAUGCCACGGUAACGUCACUGUCGUUGAUAGGGACGAACACUUUUGUUGUUGUGUACUUAUUCAUGAGGGAGAACAUAGUCAUGCACACAUACGCAGAUAAAAACACUCACAAUAACCUUGGCUUGGACUUCUGUGUUUCUUAUCAGGGCCUUAUUUGUUCUUCUAGUCUGUGAUUAGCCACAGCCUGGACACAAGGCUGUUUGUGGUUCACUGAAAUGUACGAUUGAUUACUCACACCCUGCAAUGUAUUUUUGGUUUGAGCCAAAAAGUAUGAAGUGAAGGAAGAACUGUUGCAUUUAGUAUCCUGGUACUGAAGAGAGAUUCUGAAACAUUUUUAUAAAAGUGUGUGUAUGGGUGAUUAAGUGUGUGUGCGCAAGUAUUGGUGUGAGCACACACAGCUGAAUGCUGAUCUUUAUCUAUGAAGGGGCAUACUGUAACUUUUCACUGUGAGGUUUUUAUGAUACUGUAUGACAAUGCUUUCUUGCCAAACUGGUUGCUGCAAGGCAUGUUUUAUAUAAUUCCUCUGAUUUGUUUGUCCAUUCCUGAUUUCUCGUGUCAAAAUGAUAGUUUGAAGAGAAUUGUGUCUACUGCGGACUGUGAUUCAUCUUAUUCCAAUACGAAUGAGCAAAAGCCUCUAAAACAUUUAGUUUGGAUUGUGUUAUAAUGUUUGAACAUAAACUGGUUUCUUGACAGCAUCAGGAUUAACUGUAUGCAGGAGUUCUCUGUCUGCUCACAAGUAUUGCCUUGAGAUUAUGCAAUUCCAAGGUCCGCGUACUUCAUGGACCAAUAUUCACAACUUUACACAACAGUAUUUGACCCUAUCUGGCACAUGGAGGUUUGUAACCCCCCAAAAUGAGUCGUUCAAAAAUAACAUAAUGAAUGUAUGUAAUAAUGACUAUUUUUGCCCACUAAGAAAAUACUACUGAGAAAAAACACUCUUUACGUUGCCUUUGGUACUGAAGAAGGAGCUUAAUCAUUGUAUUAGAUGCCAGACUGAUUGGUUGUCAUGAUUGGCUGAAAAUGAGGAUGUAUUUUACUUUUGGACAAGCUUUACACCUUGUGUUGAUACACUCACUUUUCUGUCUGAGCCAAAAAUUGCCACAUCAUAGGCUACUAAGAAGGUACUCACUUUUUUUGUUGUUGCUAAUCCCUAUCAUUUAUGGGGUUCCUUUAAAAAAUGGCAGAGUCUAAAGAAAUAGUGCAAGGAUUUAUUUGAUUCAUUUCCCAUUGGAUAAGAAAUUAAUAAAUGGCUGUUUUUCA